CACAUCCUGCGGGACUCUGCUGCACACGUCGAAAUAUGUAAGACACACGUGCCGCCCUUACAUGAUCAAUUUCCAUCGCCCCAUUCUCUGUCGAGCUCGUCUUCGUCGUCCAUCAUAGAGUUUCGUGGUCGUCGACGAGGCAACCCGUCACAACCGUCAAAAUGCGCCUCCUCACCUCCAUCGUCCUCUUCUUCUCGCUACUGGGCCUGACUGUUGCGCAGGCCGGUCUUCCCGCGUGUUCUAUUCCCUGCUUCCAAAAGGCCGUCGCGAGCUCGACAUGCGCCAUCACCGACACUCCCUGCCACUGUGCCGAUGCGGCUUACACCGCAGCCGUGACGGGCUGCGUGGCUCUGAGCUGCAAGAUUGAGGACAUGCUGGUGGUCAAGAACACGACAAGCACCUUGUGUGGUGUCUUUCCACAUGACAGCGGCGUCGAGUACAACGUUAUUGUCACCGUCCUCAUGAUCAUUGCCGUCGUUUUCGUCCUCGUCCGCGUCGUCUACAAGCAAUUCCUCACGCAGAUGGGCCUCGGCGCCGACGAUUGGUCCAUGAUUGCCACAGUCUUGGUCUGCGUUCCGUCGGCCGUCUUCAACGUCCGGUUAGCCGAGUUUGGCAUUGGCAAGGACAUAUGGACCUUGACUCCGGAUCAAAUCACGAACUUUUCCUUCACCUUCUGGAUUGUGACACUGCUGUACUUCACGGAGGUCGCCAUGCUCAAGAUCUCGAUCCUGUUCUUCUACCUCCGCAUCUUCCCCGACAAAUCGGUCCGGCGUAUGCUCUGGGGCACUCUUGUCGUCGUCGUCCUAUUUGGAGUUUCCUUUGUGCUUGCCGCCGCUCUCCAGUGUCUCCCCGUCAGCUACAACUGGACAGGCUGGAAGGAUCCGGCCAAGAAGGCUCAAUGCAAAGAUACCAGUGUGAUUGCCUGGUCGAACGCAGCCAUCAGCAUCGCCUUGGACCUCUGGAUGUUGUACCUCCCCCUCUCACAGAUCAGCUCCCUCAACCUGCACUGGAAGAAGAAGCUUGGUGUUGCAGCUAUGGUUGUUGUCGGAACUUUUGUCACGGUCAUUUCCAUUGUUCGCCUCGCAUCCCUGGUGCAAUUCCGUGGCAGCUCCAACGCCACUUUCGACUACUGGGGUGUUUCAGUCUGGUCAACCGUCGAGAUCACUGUUGGUAUCAUGUGCGCCUGCAUGCCUUCGAUGCGUGUCAUUCUCGUCCGGUUCUGGCCCAGAAUCUUCGGCUCCAGCUCGUACGCAUCCAGGAACAAGUCCAGCGGCUACGGCGUUGGUUCCAAGCCACGCACUGGCAACACAAGCCAGGCGGACACCACCUCCAAGAGCAGAUCUACGGUGCGCAGCUCGUGGAAGCCCAAGUUCUCGAAGCGGCCGACACUGCCCGACGACGGCCCCUUUGGCAGAUCACAACACCAGAGCCACCUCGAGCGGAUAGAUUCAGACGACGAUGCGACGGAGCUGCGCCCGACCAACUACAAGACACACAUUACCUCGUCGGCGGCGUCUGAGCACGGCAGCCUGGAAGGCAUGAACUCGAAGGCAAUCACCAUUUCGAGGGACGUUACGAUCAAGUACUAGACUGGGAGGCAGAUGGCGCAGGUCGCCGCGAGACAGAUGAUGUAGAUUUACUGUGUACACAUCCAUAAUGGUCUUCUUUGAAAUGCAGAAAAUAUGUUCAAAA